GCCGAGCCCUGAUCCCCAGCAGGAAGCAACAGCUUUUGCUGCCAACGCUGUGGCCAGGAGGCUUCUUCGCACACCCUUUGCCUGACCCAGCCUGAUGAUGGUCCCAUUGGCCUCUGUGGUGUUCAGCCCCCGUGCCCGGCUCUUUGCCCAUUUUCUCAGGCUGGGCACUCAGCAGGCUGGACCCCUCCAGCUGCACACGGGGGCCUGCUGUGCAGCGAAGAACUACUAUGAGGUGCUUGUUCUGGGUGGAGGUAGUGGUGGCAUCACCAUGGCCUCCCGCAUGAAGAGGAAAGUGGGUGCGGAGAACGUGGCCAUCAUUGAACCCAGUGAGAGACAUUUCUACCAGCCAAUCUGGACACUGGUGGGUGCUGGGGCCAAACAAUUAUCCUUAUCCGGCCGUCCCACGGCCAGUGUGAUUCCAUCUGGUGUAGAGUGGAUCAAAGCUACAGUGGUUGAGCUGAACCCAGACAAGAACUGUGUCUACAUGGACAACAACAAGGAGAUCUCCUACAAAUAUCUUAUUAUUGCUCUUGGAAUCCAGCUGGACUAUGAGAAGAUUAAAGGCCUACCUGAAGGUUUUGCUCAUCCCAAAAUAGGGUCUAAUUAUUCAGUUAAAACUGUAGAGAAGACCUGGAAAGCUCUGCAGGACUUCAAAGAGGGCAAUGCCGUCUUUACCUUCCCAAAUACCCCCGUGAAGUGUGCUGGAGCCCCCCAGAAGAUCAUGUAUUUAGCAGAGGCCUACUUCAGGAAGACUGGGAAGCGAUCCAAAGCCAAUAUCAUCUUCAAUAGUUCUCUGGGAGUAAUUUUUGGGGUUAAGAAGUAUGCAGAUGCCCUUCAGGAGAUUAUCCAAGAGAGGAACAUCACUGUUAACUUCAAGCAAAACCUCAUCGAAGUUCGAGCUGAUAAGCAAGAGGCUGUUUUUGAGAACCUGGACAAACCUGGAGAGACCCAAGUGAUUUCAUAUGAAAUGCUUCAUGUCACACCACCAAUGAGUUCUCCUGACGUCCUCAAGAGGAGUCCUGUGGCUGAUGCUGCUGGCUGGGUAGAUGUAGACAAAGAUACUCUUCAGCACAAGAAAUACCCGAAUGUGUUUGGGAUCGGGGACUGUACCAACCUCCCCACGUCGAAGACUGCUGCUGCAGUAGCUGCCCAGUCAGGAAUACUCGACAGAACAAUUUCUCAAAUUAUGAAGAAUCAAACACCAAAGAAGAAGUAUGAUGGCUACACAUCAUGUCCACUGGUGACUGGCUACAACCGUGUGAUUCUUGCGGAGUUUGACUACAGAGCUCAGCCAAUGGAAACUUUCCCCUUCGAUCAAAGCAAAGAGCGACUUUCGAUGUUCUUCAUGAAGGCUGACCUGAUGCCUUUCCUGUAUUGGAAUGUGAUGCUCAGGGGAUACUGGGGAGGACCAGCCUUCCUGCGGAAGUUGUUUCAUCUGGGUAUGAGUUAAGAAUGGCUCGAUGCUGGUUCUCUUUGGAUGGCUUCUGGGCCUAAAUCCAGUCAUUGAAUGACCCAAAUGGCACAAAGGACUCAGAACCUAACCCUGUAAGGAGUUUCUUGCUGGAUUUGAGGACCUCAGUACUUUAAACAGCCACUGUAUGGGCAGCUCAAGACGGCUUUGACUUUUUGGAAAUCAUCAAAUAAUAGACUUGAAAUAAUGAAAUCAUGAAAUAAUAGACUUCUAUUUUCCAAAUAAAAGUUUGUCAUUGAUUGA